AUGGCUACCAUCUCCGUAUCUCCUUUCCCCGACGUGGAGAUUCCCUCCACCGACCUCUGGUCGUUCCUCUUCGAGCGUUCAGAUCGGCCGUAUCCACUCUCCCAUCCCCUCUUCGUCGAUCCCCUCACCAACCGCAGCCUCUCCUUCCAACAAAUCCGCCAACGCGCCCUCCACUUUGGCCACCACCUGCAAUCUAAAUGGUCCUGGCAACCCGGCGACGUGCUCGUCGUCUUCGCCCCGAAUGCCAUUGACCUGCCCCCGCUGAUCUGGGGUACCCUGGCUAUCGGCGGUGUCGUCUGCCCGGUCAAUCCCAGCUAUCGCGCCGAAGAACUGCGCCAUCCGUUGAUAGAUGCAGCCGCCAAAGCCAUCGUCACCACCACCGCGCAAGCCCCCAUCGUAUACGAAGCCAUUGACCGCGCCGGCCUCUCCCGCGACCGUGUCAUCCUCCUCGAUCAACUAGAUCCACUAUGGGCGACUAUCAAAGACACAGACUACGUCGCACCUCACCGUCCCCCGAUCCAGAAACCCGAAACAGACCUCUCCUUCCUCGUCUACUCCUCCGGAACGACCGGCCUACCUAAGGGCGUGAUGCUCUCGCACCGCAACAUGGUCGCCAACAUGGUGCAAAGUGCUGUUGCCGAGCAGGGCCAGCUGGUCUGGAACCAGGAUCGCAUUCUAGGCAUUCUGCCGUUCUUUCAUAUUUACGGAAUCGGCUUCCUCCUCAACUACACCAUCUACACCGGCGUACCCAUGUACGUCCUCCCGCGCUUCCAAUUCCCCUCGUUCUGCGAUACCAUCCAGCGCCAUCGCAUCACGUACGCCUACGUCGUGCCCCCCGUUAUUCUGGAGCUGGUCUCCAACGCCGCCACUAAGAACUACGACCUUUCCUCCUUGCGCAUGGUGGUAUCUGCUGCGGCACCCCUUGCUGUGGAUUUGAUCCACGCUGCGAAGCAGAAGUUAGGUCUUGUGGUUCGUCAGGCAUAUGGGAUGAGCGAGUGUGCGCCUGCUAUUCAUUUCCAGACCUGGUCUGAAGCCCACACCCACCCCGGCUCCGUCGGCCGACUCAUCCCUAACAUGACAGCCAAAUACCAUCCCAUUCACGACGGAGAUAAUAAGGAGAAAGAACUCUGGGUGAAGGGCCCCAACGUCUUCCUCGGGUAUUUGAACAACCCCACCGCGAAUAAGGAAUCCUUCUCUGAGGAUGGAUAUUACAAGACUGGGGAUGUGGGGUACGAGGAUGAUGCGGGGAACUUUUAUAUCACCGAUCGCGUUAAGGAGUUGAUCAAGUAUAAUGGGUUUCAGGUCGCGCCGGCGGAGUUGGAGGGGAUUGUGCUGGGGCAUCCGGCUGUGAAGGAUGUGGGGGUUGUCGGGGUGAAGAGUGGGUUGGCAGGGAGUGAGUUGCCGAGGGCUUAUGUUGUUGUUAAGGGGGAUGUUGGUGGGAAGGGGGGUGAGAGGUUGGAGAGGGAGAUUGUGGAGUUCGUGGAGAAGAGGGUUAUUGGGUAUAAGAGGUUGAGGGGGGGUGUGAGGUUUGUGGAGAGUAUUCCGAGAAAUCCGUCGGGGAAGAUUUUGAGGAGGGAGUUGAAGAAGUUGGAGAGGGAGGCCAAAUUGUGA